AUGUCGCAUCUUGGCGUCUAUCUGGACCAGAUCUCGGCGUCCUGCCAGGGCAUCGACAGCCUGCCCUUCCCGCCACCCAAAGUCUUCACCAAUGCGCUGCUCUACAAUGACGACAUCACCGGCCUGAUUCGCGACACUGAGGCUCACGAGCGGGCGCUUUUCUCCGUGCCAGAACCGGCGAGUCGAUCGGCUGCGGCCGAGGCGGCCCCGAGCGAGGUAGACGAGGCUCCGGUGUCAUCGUCUCGCCGACGGCAGACCGUCUUCAACGUGACGGGGGGCGAAGUAACGACAGGACCGCCAUGUGCACGGCCCAGCGCGGCCCCGCGGCGACGUACCGCGGUGGCGGCUGUGCUGGGUGGCGACCUGCACGCGCAGAUCACGCGGAAGAGCGGUGAUGGCAACGGCAAAGGGGCGCGUUCCGGAGAAGUCGACAUCGGGCUGUUGCUGCAGGGAGCAGAGAAGCUGUGCUCGGUGUACGCGUUGCCAGGCGCACUGGAGCGCAUCCCGACGCUGCGGCAGAAGCAUGCACAGCAGAACAACACGCUGGCGUACUACGAGGCCAAGGUGGCCGAGCAGACACAGCGGCUGGAAGAGAUGAACCGUGACUGGCGAGACGAAGAAGACGACUACGACGACGACGGCGGAGCUGCAGCGACUCACCAGCUGCCGGACAUGGCUACAGAGGAAGAGCUCCGGCGCGAAGAAGAGGAGGUGCGCGAGCUAGAGCGCAGAAAGAAGGAGCUCCAGGAGCGGCUGCGUGCUAUGGAGAAGGACCUGGGCGGCCUGCGGAACAUGUGA